GGAUAGGGGUAUGGCUGGAUUCAAAGCUGCUCAAGGGAAGGCGGGAGAAGAUAACAAACCGGACAAAAUAUCAAGAGACAGAAGGACUGUGAAUCUGGAACAGAUCAUAUUUUUAACAGUGAAAGAAGAUCCAGUUUGCGCUCCAAGUUCCAACAGCCUCUUUUACUGAUGACGUUCAAAGCAAGUGUCAGAGAGGAGUGAACUGCCCUCACCGACGGUGCCAGAGAAGAGCAGCCUCCGUACAGGCCAGAGUCCUGUUGUCCACAUUUUCUGCCCUAGUUUGUCCCCUGCAACAUUCAAAACUGUUUCUCCAACGCUUCUACCAAAAACUGAAACUGUUUUCCAAAGCAGAAGCGGCCCAGCCCCCACAGUUGGAAGUCAUGGGGAGCCUGCGUAGCCACCGUUACAGUAUUGUGUCCUCGGAGGAAGAUGGCAUGAAGUUAGCGUCUAUUGCCGUUCCAAACGGCUACGGGAAUGGCAAUGUAAACAAGGCGCUCGCAGGGCAGCAGCGUCAGAGUCGCUUCGUAAGCAAGGAUGGCCACUGCAAUGUGCAGUUUAUCAAUAUGAGCGAAAAAGGCCAGCGUUACCUGGCAGAUAUCUUCACCACCUGCGUGGACGUCCGCUGGCGCUGGAUGUUUGUCAUAUUCUGUCUCUCCUUCCUUUUGUCAUGGUUGUUUUUUGGACUCGUCUUCUGGGUUGUGGCACUGGUAUAUGGGGACUUGGAGAACGAGACUCAAUUAUGUGUUUCCAAUGUGGACAGCUUCACUGCUGCCUUUCUGUUUUCAGUCGAGACCCAAACAACAAUUGGGUAUGGUUACCGCUAUGUGACCGAGGAAUGCCCUAUCGCUGUUUUCAUGGUGGUGUUUCAAAGCAUCGUUGGCUGCAUUAUUGAUGCUUUUAUUAUUGGUGCCGUCAUGGCCAAGAUGGCAAAACCAAAGAAGAGGAAUGAGACUCUGGUGUUCAGCCACUACGCCACAGUAGCAAUGAGGGAUGGUAAGCUUUGCCUGAUGUGGCGGGUGGGAAACUUGAGGAAGAGUCACCUGGUAGAGGCUCAUGUCAGGGCCCAGCUCCUCAAGUCCCGCACCACAGCAGAGGGAGAGUUCAUCCCCCUGGAUCAGGUAGACAUAGAUGUCGGCUUUGACAGUGGGAUCGACAGAAUCUUCCUCGUGUCUCCAAUUACCAUAGUGCACGAGAUUGACGAGGACAGUCCUUUCUACGAGAUGAACAAGCAGGAGUUGGAAACCUCUGAAUUUGAGAUUGUUGUGAUUCUUGAGGGCAUGGUGGAGGCCACUGCCAUGACGACUCAAUGUCGGAGCUCCUACGUGGCUGGCGAGAUCCUCUGGGGCCAUCGCUUCGAGCCAGUCCUGUUUGAAGAGAAGAACUACUACAAAGUUGACUACUCUCGUUUUGAAAACACUUAUGAGGUGCCCAGCACUCCCACCUGUUCUGCCAGGGAGCUGGCUGAAAAGAAAUCCAAUGCUUCCAGUCUGAGGAACUCUUUUUGCUACGAGAACGAAGUGGCUCUUGAGAAAGUUGAGAUGGAGGAGGAGUUUGAGGAGGACAACAGCAAGUUGAUGAGGGACGUUGAUGUUUGCGCUCUUGAGGACACAAGCAUAGAUUUGGCUACAAGCACUGAAUAUACCCUGGACUCUUUGCCUUUAGAAGCAAGGCCUCUGACAACAGAAUCAGAGAUAUGACUGCAAGGUGAUUAAAUGUUCUUUAACUUUAACCUGGUUAGUAUUUUUAAUAAUUGCAUGACAGUUUGUAGUGACCGGGUUUUAAAAGUCUCAUGCAAGAGCAGAGUGUGCACAAAACACCAAAUAUAAACAUGUUAUAUUAUUUAUGGUGACACUGCUUGCGUUGAUUGUGUUAUAAUAUGGGUUACAUGCCAUCAUGCACACAUAGUGCAGUAUGUUUCUCUUAACAGUUAUAAGAUCCGUUCGAUUGAUAACAUAUUUUUUUGUUUGCACAUUUUGCAUUAAGCAUCCUGAACUUAACAUUUAAUGUUUAUUUACAAGUGUCGCAAGGGGGUUGUUCAAAAUUAGAAUAAAAGGUUUUAACUUGUUUUAAAGGCUAAUUGUUAAUGAGCUGGUCUCUUAGCAAGAACUUCCAAUCCUUCAUGGUCAAAUAGAUAAAAAAGAAAUAUUAUUUGCACAAAUUUAAGCACACUACUCUGCUGUAAUUUCGUCCAUGUAGAGAAUCUUUUGCAACAUGUGCUUUAACAAAGCCUCCUGCUGGUUUUGCUUUGAUUGAGCAAAGGAUGCAUUAGAUUUCAACAGGGCGAAAAUAUUAUUCAUUGUUGCAGUUUUUUUCCCGUUCUUGCAGGUUUUUGUGUUUUAAUGUGCAAUACUGUCAGGGAUUAGGAAGAGACACAUAACCCAAACAUAAGCUUAAGAGGAAUGUUAAAGAUAAGUGCUGCUAAGUUUUAUAUUGUAAAGACAGAAAUCUCAGAGCCAAACUGUAUAAUUGCUAUUUUUUGUCAGAUUGCUAAUUGCACAUUGGUGUUUUAUCUAGCUGUAGAAAAGCAUGGUGGAAUGUUUUCUAAAGCUUUAGAGCACUUUUUUCUUCCUUAGCACAACUUUUUCCCCAAAGAAAAGCACAAACUGCUUUACUAUCCAGAGAUAGGUGUUUACGUAUUUGCUUUACGUUCAAAAUAAAAUCUGUCUUUCCUCAUCCAGCUUUGGCUGAUACACAGAGUGAAGAAUUAUUCAAACAGUUUUUAAUGACAGUUUUUGGCGUGUGAAAUGUGCAGAAUUUGGAGAAAUUCUAGUUACACACUAUUCCAAAAGUAUUCAAAACUUAUGAACUUUUUCAGAUUUUGUCCCAUUUCUAUUUAUUUUCCCAAACUUCAAAGUAUUCUACAGCUUUUUUGGGAUGUAGACCUACACAAGUGCUGCACAGAUGUAAAAAGUAAUUUCAGAAAAGUCAGAAAAGUGUGGCAUGUAUUUCUCUUCAGCUCCCAUUAUACAUUUGAAGUUUUUUUCUGCAAGCUUAUUGCUCUACUAAAAGGUUUGCCCUUUUUUAUUUGCUGAACAACUUAACCAGUGUGAGGCGGGAUGUACAUCAUCUAUUAACUGUUUAUUUUGUAACACUUGCCACAGCUUUUCGAUUGGUUUUAGUUCUGGAUUUGACUGGACAUCCUAUUAGAUAAUUAGACAUUAGACAUUUAGACCUUUAUGGCAUGAUUGACCUGGAAGAUAACCCUCCAACCUAAUCUGGAGUCGUCUCAAGCAAACCAGUCUCUAACUGGUUUACUUACAUUAUUUUUUAUUAUAUAAAUAAAUAA